AUGCUUAGUCACCCACCGCAGGGUUCAUCUAUAAUGAUUCGGUAUGAGUGGUCUGUCAGGGAAUCAGACCAUCUCAAGACAGCAGAUAUCAGACAGAGUAGAUGUGGACUGUUACGACCGCCACUACCCUUUGAGGCUCCUUCAUCCGUCGCUGCUUCGCUGGGGAUUGCCGCCGUUCCAGCUCCACUACCGGAACCGAUGUGUACAGUCGAGAUGGCCGCCAAGAUCGACGACCGAGCUGAAAAUGUUGCUACGAGAUUUGUGAGCCACCGGAAACCUAGAAAUCCUAUCUUCCACUCUACCUCUCUUCUCCUUCGUUGUUCUCAGUGA